CAUGGCCCAGGGGACAUGGAUGAAGGACAGUGACGGCAGGGAGGAGAAAGCUGCUGAACCAUGCAGGUAACAAUGGUAGAGAUCGCGAGAAGAAAGCAGGAGAACCAAGUGAGCUCGUGACAGCAGCUCUCAUCGGGAGCAAGCUUCUCAGUGCAACGUGCAGUGACGGUGUGGGGGACUGUUGUGUAUUGACAGUCGUUGUGCUUGUGGGGCUUUAGAGGAAGCGACGCAAGAGGAUCGGGAGAUAAUCUCUUGUCCUAGCAGCAAUGUUCCGAAACUUAGCAUCUGCGCGGAAAGCUAUAGCUCACAAUGAGGAGACGUUGGAGAAAUCUUGGUCGUUUGGCUUUUCGGUAUCACAUGAAUUUGACGGCAAGGAGCAACUUCAUAAGAGAAAGAAGUCAGUCAAGGAGGGAAGCUACGCUCCGUCAGACAUUAUGAGCCACAGGCUGGAGAGGAUGGCCAUCCUUGAGAAGCAGUAUGCUAUCGAGCAGGCAAAGUACAAGAUGCGUGCUUCGGGAGGUUGGAAGAAGAGGAUUUUUGGCAUCGGGCCGCAGCAUGCUGGGCUACCCGGCUCCCGCUUGAUCCACCCAUACUCUCCUUUCUGGAUCGCUGUGACGACCCUCUCCGCAUCCCUCCUCGUCUACACGGGGGUCGUCAGCUCGUUCACCGUUGGCUUCCUGUGGAACCAGGACCCGUGUCAAAAGAACAUGACCCUGGAGUUCGACAUGUUCGUCGACACCUUCUUCAUCGCCGAGAUUCUUCUCACGUUCUUCGUUGGCUUCAUGGAGAAAGGAGAGUACAAGGACGACUUCCAGAGGACCGUCAGCCACUACCUCCGCACCGGCUUCUUCUUCGACCUGGUGACCUCUGUCCCUGUCUCCUACUACGAGUACGCCCUGUACAAGUCCUGCCUGCACGACUCUAAUCACAAAGACUACGUUCCCGCCUCCUUCGGCCGCGUGCUGAGGUCCCUGAAGCCUCUGAGAAUAGCUCGGCUGCUGAAGACCCUCAAGUUCGGCAAGGUGUUGGACCUCCUUGCUGCUGCAGGGGAGUACUUCCGGCUCCCGCCCUUUGCUCUCAGGAUGAUCAAGACCAUGCUCUUCAUCUGCCUCCUCGUCCACGUGUCCGCCUGCUGCUUCUGGCUCAUCAAGGAGCUGACCAACACCGAGGAGCAGCGCACACUCUUCCUCGAGAAGAACAACCUGACCACUGCUGGCCUGUUCGACCGCUACGUCCUCUGCUUCUACUUUGUCAACACAGUGUUCUGCACCAUCGGCUUCGGCGACAUUUCGGGGGACAACGCUGCGGAGAGAAUCUACUGUGUUUGCCUCUUCUACUGCGGUGUCCUGAUCUUCGGCACCCUCCUUGCUGAAGUGCAGGACGCGGUGCAGAGGAUAAACCUCAACUCGAGGGAGAGGGAGAACGAGAUCGGAUCGGUGAUCGAGUUCCUGCGGGCCGAGGACGUUCCUCAUGCUGUGGAGAAGAAGAUUGUGCGCUGGGCUGACUUCAUGAUCCGCACGAAGCAGGGGCAGGUAGCGAGGAGCAAGACUCUCCAGCUCACUCCAGCCAACCUCCACAACCACCUCGUCCUCUUCCUCCAGCAUGACCUGCUCUUGCAGAUCCCCUUGUUCCAGAGCAUCCAGGACUACAGCAAGGAGAACUUUCUAGUCGACCUCUGGUCCCGCAUGACCACGAAGCUGUACGCUCCUUUCGUCCCCGUCGCCACCUCCCGCCACACGGAUCUCUACAUCCUCGUCUCCGGCACCGUCAUCCUCGUCCGCGAUAACGAGUUCGUCUCCACCUUCCACCCCGGAGACUACUUCGGCGAGCGCUCCCUCCUCACACCCGCCCCUAAGGCCGGGGAAGGAGAGGGGAGCGAGGAGGAGGAGAGUGGCGACGUUCAUCCCAACGAUAUGGAGGAGUUUGUUGCCAUCACGCUCGUUCACUGCUACUUCCUGUCCAAGGAAAGCUUCGAGUAUGUUCUUUCCGGCUACCCCGACAGCAUCCGGCAGGAAAUGCUAGCAGGUCGGAGGCCGCCGGAGGAGGAGGCAUGGACGGACGUGUCGGUGCGGAGGUGGCAAGAGAUGGUCAUGCAUGUGCUCAGGAAGUACAGGAGGGAGUACCCGGACCAGGAGUCCUCCAGCACGGACUUGUGGCUGAGGGCGACGCAAAGAAUGCAGCAAAUCAGCAGCUCUCGUAUGAAGAAGUACGCGCGGGCGGACGGGGCGGUGGAAGGUUCUAGUCCGACGCUGCUCGGCAAGAAGCAGAGCUUUAACAAGCUGAGGAGGCAGACGUCGUUGGGGAGCUCGAGCGUGAAGGAGUGGGAGGAGGGAGAGAUGGGAGGAUACGCCGGUGUGGGAGACGAGAAGGCCAAUGGGGCCAAUGGGGGGGCGCGAGAAGGGAGUCAUGAGAAUGGAUGUGGAUGUGGAGGAGGAGGAGGAGGAGGAGGAGGAGAUGUGAUAAGUGCAAUGAUGAGGAAGAUGAAGGAGCAUGAGGAGAUGCUAAAAUCUCAAGAUGUCAAGUUGGACAUGUUAACAACGAGAGUAGACCAGAUCUUAACUUUAUUGAGUCGUACUCUAGAAGACGUUUGAUCUGUAAAAUAUACAACAAGAUACGUGCUGCUCACGUGGGAUUGGAGUUCAAGAGUACACGACUAUCAACACUAAUAAACGCGUGUUCUCACGUCCU